CAAGUAAAGUAUCCAACAACUCAGCACAAAGGGCCAAACCAAAAAGUUUCUUACUUUUUGCUUCUUCUUCUUCGCAUUUACUCAAACCAAGUCAUUCAUUCAUUCAUUCCCACAAUCCCCUUUCGAAUUUAUAGUUUUUAGGGUUUCUUCGUACGGAGUUUUUUUGUGUGGAUUUUUCUCUGUUUUAUGGUCUCGAGACGAUCCAUUUGAUUCUGUUAUCCAAAUACGAUUCGAUGACUCGUCGUGGGUUUUGAAAGUGGAAACUUUUAUAACUCUGAAUCGCUUUCUGAUCUUUUGCCUUGUGUGAUAGAGUUACAACACCGAGAUAGGUCUUGGUUUCCUUUAACUGGUAGAGUAUCUGGAGUAUUGGCAACAAUGUCUGAGCUCAAAGAGCGUUUGCUUCCUCCAAGACCUGCUUCAGCUAUUAACCUUAGAGGGGAUGCAGCAGCUUCUCGUCCUUCUCCAUCAGGGAGACAACCUCUCCUUGGACUUGAUGUUUUGGGUCUCAAGAAGCGUGGCCAAGGCCUCAAGUCUUGGAUUCGUGUUGAUACUUUUGCCAAUUCUCAGCUCAUUGAGGUCGAUAAGUUCACUAUGAUGCGUAGAUGUGAUUUGCCUGCUCGUGAUUUAAGGCUCCUUGAUCCUUUGUUUGUCUAUCCCUCCACUAUCCUUGGCAGAGAGAAGGCUAUUGUUGUUAACUUGGAGCAGAUCCGUUGUAUCAUUACUGCUGAUGAGGUUUUGCUCUUGAAUUCCCUUGACAACUAUGUGCUUCGGUAUGUUGUUGAGCUGCAGCAGAGACUAAAGGCGAGUUCUGUUACUGAGGUUUGGAAUCAGGACACUCUUGAAUUCACCAGGAGGAGUAGGAGUAGGAGUUUAGACAAUGUCUUUCAGAACUCAUCCCCUGAUUAUUUACCUUUCGAGUUUAGGGCUCUUGAAGUUGCCCUUGAAGCUGCUUGUACCUUCCUUGAUUCCCAGGCUUCAGAGUUAGAGAUUGAGGCAUACCCAUUAUUGGAUGAGCUUACCUCAAAGAUCAGUACUUUAAACCUGGAGCGUGCGCGUAGACUAAAGAGCAGACUUGUAGCAUUAACGAGAAGAGUUCAAAAGGUUCGGGAUGAGAUUGAACAGCUAAUGGACGAUGAUGGGGAUAUGGCGGAAAUGUACCUAACAGAGAAGAAGAAGAGAAUGGAAGGAUCUUUAUUUGGUGAUCAGUCUUUACCUGUUUACCGAUCGAAUGAUUGUGUUUCUCUGUCUGCACCAGUUUCUCCUGUUUCUUCUCCUCCUGAGACACGUAGACUUGAGAAAAGCUUGAGCAUUGUAAGGAGCCGACAUGACAGUGCUAGGAGCUCAGAAGGCGCGACAGAGAAUAUAGAGGAGCUAGAGAUGUGAAUUAUGUUUUUUUAGUAUUCUAAUGAUGAUUUCAAUCUGCAGCUUGCUUAUGGACCGACGUGGUUAUUGGGGAAGACUCAGUACACUAAUUAUUACAGCAUGAUGACAAAGUAAUUCGCUUCAUAUGUUUUUGUCUUGUUCGAUCAUCUUUUCCCAAGUGCCUCUUGUCAUACCUGUUUGCGGAACAGCUUGUGUUGGCAAGUCCACUUAUAGCUACACAACUUGCCAAAGGUCUCACAGGUCUCAGUCUGAUUUUGGCGGCAACCAAUUAUUUGUUUUGAGCUUUGCUUAUGGAGCCAACAUGGUUAUUGGAAAAGACUGAAUAGAGAAUAAACCUCAUACUGCAGUAACAGGUAACUCGCCAGUAACCUUUCUUCAUAUGUUCAUUUCAUUCUCAUUUGUUUGUGAUUUUUUUGAUAAUCAGUAUGUGCACUUCUGUUAGACAUGGUUUAUGAGCUACUUCGAACAGCAACUAGGUACGUUUUUUCUCUUUUCUAAUGAUAUUACAUACUAUGAAGAAGAUACCCAAACAUGUGUCGAGUUCCCUUUGGAGUUGGACUCUUGCUCCCCUUACAUGAGUAUUGAGCAGUAACCAAGAUUCCCAAGUUUCUACAAAAUACCAUCUUUAUGCCAUUGUGGAGCAUCUUUUGGUUAUUACUCUGCUUAAGUUUGAUGACGCCAAGGUAAUAUGAUAUAACAGUUUUAUUUGAUUUAUGAGUUUAUACUGUUCUUCACACUACUGAAAUCUCGAUUUUGUUCCUCAGAUGAUUUUUGGGCUGAAAUUGCUCGUGACAACAAGGGAAGUCUGGUGCGAAAUAAGUCAACUUUUCCCUUCUGGUAUUAUAGCGCUUGCGGUUUAUGUUCACAACCAAGGGCCUUAAUUAGGCUCGGGAUUUACUCAGAUGCCAGGUAUUUUACUUGCAUGUAUACACUUGCAGGAAAACCAUGCCAGGUUCUUUAGGCCAUGAGGAGCAUGAUGCCAAUACGUUUGCAGAAUGGGGAAUUGAUUGCUUGGAAGUAUGACAACUGCAACAAUGAUGGAUCUAAGCCGACUGUCAGGUGUUUUGGAAGCGGAUUUAUGAUCCGAUCAUAGCUGUCCCCGCUUAUGGUAGUAAUAGACUGCUAUAUAAGCUAUUAAGCUCGAGAGAAAUUAAUUUGAAAAAAGGAAAACUAGGAAAAUCAUGGAAAGUUACUACAGUUACAUACAAAAUCAUUAAACUAAUCCUACAAUUAUAAAAAUUCACAAGCUA